GGCCGGGACCGGGCCUAGGUGCCGGGCCUUCCAGGUUCUGGAGGUCUCGCCGCCGCUGGACGCGGUCGCUGGUGCAGAAGAAACGUUUUUCCUCAACGUGGGCAAGUGGGCGUUGGGUCAAGCACCACACGCGUUGCAUUGCCCUCGAGAGCAGGGGAGGUGGAGGUGCUGUUGCCGACUUAGUGGAAUGAUCAUUCCUUCCCGUCUCGCUAGGUUGAGGCCCAGGACCUCUCUGAGUUUCAGGGUAUCAGCAUGGAAGCCAUGAGUGAGAAUAAGAUGGUGACCUCUGAUUUCAGCACAGGACCUAUGGAAAAAGCUGCCAAGCCAUUGCCAUUUAAGGAUCCAAACUUUGUGCACUCUGGCCACGGCGGUGCAGUCGCUGGCAAGAAGAACAGAACCUGGAAGAACCUAAAACAGAUCCUCGCUUCUGAAAGGGCAUUGCCGUGGCAACUGAACGAUCCUAACUACUUCAGUAUUGAUGCUCCUCCCUCCUUUAAACCAGCUAAGAAGUAUUCUGAUGUCUCCGGUCUUCUUGCCAACUACACCGACCCCCAGAGCAAGCUGCGCUUCAGCACCAUUGAAGAGUUUUCCUAUAUCCGGAGGCUGCCCUCUGACGUCGUCACUGGCUACCUGGCCCUGAGGAAGGCCACAAGCAUCGUUCCCUGAGCCUUGAGAAGUGGAGAUGAGGUGGAAAUCUGUUUCAAAGGCAAAUUUUGGACUCAUGGUUUUGUUUCAUGGAAACAAACUCAUUUUGCUGUCAAUCUGGAAAUGUCAGUGCUGUGCCUUGGAAAGAAUGUUUGGCUUUAAUUUCAGGGUUUUUUUUUUUUUUUUUUCUUUUCUGUGUUUUCCCUCCAAGUGUGAUAUUUCCUGUUGAAUUAAAUUAUAUUUCAGUUGUUGCCUCAAGUAAAGUUGUUUGACAAGAAAAUA